AUGCGUUUUUCUACUUUCACUGGUGCUAUUGGCCUCUUCGCUGGUUUGUCGGUCGCCUUGCCAAACCCAAAAUCAGCCUCGACUGUUGGAAAGAGAUGGGACUAUUGUCCUAGAGCAGGGGAAAGGUGUACGAACAUUCUAGGUGGAGUUGGCGGUUGCGUAUGUGGUCAAGACCUCGAUCCAAGAUACGACUGUGUUUGUAUCAUGUGUCUAGGCGCUUUAGGGAGGCAUUUAAGAAAGAGAAGAAGACUUGGACGGCCGAACGUCAAUCGAAGCGACACUGCGAAGUACCCCACUGGUGGAAUGUGCGAAGCGGAUGCUGAACUUUGUGCACGAAUUUGA